GUGCAUGGCAGGUGCUGGCUCAGCAUGUGGUACGCGAGGCUCGGUGCCGUCCUGGCCUUCUGCGCCGAGCUCUGGGUCUCGAACACGGGGCUGGCUUGGGGCCAGGAAGCCGGGGGCCGGUCGGGAGCCGACUGUGAAGUUCACAGGGGCUCAGCUCCGGACUUGUGGUCACAAUGGUCUAAGUCCCAUCAAGCCCACUGGUUCUGGCCACUGUGCCUGGUUCUUGCAACUCUGUUAUGGAGAACAAAAAAGUAUGCAAGGAAUUCUUGAAUCGAUUCUACAACUCUCUGAUAACCAGAAGAGUUCACUUUUCGCUGGAUAUCAUAGAAAAAGAAUUGAUCAGCUUUUGCAUGGAUGCGAAAGGAAAAGAAAACCGCCUGUGCUAUUAUCUAGGAGCCACAAAAGAUGCUGCCACAAAGAUUCUUGGUGAAGUCAUCCGCCCAAUGAGUGUGCACAUGCCCGCAGUGAAGAUCUGUGAGAAGCUCAAGAAGAUGGACAGCCAGAUCUGUGAGCUGAAAUACGAAAAGAAGCUGGACUUGGCAUUGGCUGACCUGUGGAAGAUGCGAGUGGCAGAGCUGAAGCGCAUCCUGCAGAAUUGGGGGGAAGAGUGCAGAGCUUGCGCAGAGAAAAUUGACUAUGUGAAUCUGAUCAAAGAGCUGGCCCCAAAGUACACAGCAGUACACCCCCAAACAGAACUCUGACAGUGGACACCAGCACCCCAAGUAGCAUACUUGGAAAAAAAAAAUGACUCUGGGAUGUGAGCAUGCUAAGGAUGAUUGGAAACUGCUCUGUUUGGUCUCAUACUUUUUGCCUUGAUAUUAUACCUCAGAAUUUUGCUGCUUGUAUUUGUUAGUAAAAUUACCAAUGUCGCACUUCAUACCAUUUACAUUUGAAGUGUACCUAAAUCUCAAAGUGCCUUCCUAUUUGGAUGGUUAUUCCCUGUCUUUUACAAUGGGGA